AUGGGACUACCCAAAGCGCUUUCGUGGCUCGACGCGCCGCGGUCAUUUGCGCAACUGGACGGUGACUCGCCGAUCGUCAUCUCGACGCUUCGCCGCGAGUGCCUGGCUGAGGCGUUUGCCACCUUUGUCCUCGUCGGAUUUGGAGCCGGCUCGGUCAUUCAGUCGACAAUCUCGGCCGGCGCACUCGGCAACUACACGCACGUCACGUUGACGUGGGGCAUCGCUGUCAUGCUUGGCAUCAACGUCGCCGGUGGCCGCAGCCGAGGCCACUUGAACCCAGCGUUCACCAUUGUGUAUUGUCUCUAUCACAGCACCGAGAUGUCGUGGCGAGCAGCGAUUUGCUACUGUGGUAGCCAGCUCGUGGGCGCAUUUCUGGGGUUCGCAGCCGUCUACAGCAUGUAUUACCGCGCUCUCCAGGCCUAUGACCCGCACCAGUCGCUUGAGACGUCGGGUCACCUCUUUGCUUCGUACCCGGCCGCGACCGAAACUCUCGCGUCUGCCUUCUUCGGUGAGGUCGUUUGCUCGGCGUUUUUCAUGGCAGGUGCGUUCGCCCUCGGCGAUGCGAGCAACCCGUACCGCUCAACGCCGCUCCUUCCAGUGUUGACCGGGACACUAGUCGUGGGCGUUGGCAUGGCGUUUGGUCUUACGACAGGGUAUGCGGUGAAUCCGGCCGUGGACUUUGGUGGUCGUCUCUUCUCGAGCCUGGCGGGCUGGGGCAUAGACGUCUUUUGUGCAUGUGACAACUACUGGUGGGUGCCGAUUCUGGCGCCACUCGUCGGUGGCUGGCUCGGCGCGGGUAGCUACCUCUUUUGCUCCGGAUCGCCGUCACCAGCGGUGUUGCCCGACCCUACGUCGUAG